UGAAGAUAUAUUCUCCACCAGCCUUCUGGUCAGGUCAGGACCUCCUGCUGUCCACCAGCUGAGAACAAGAACCAACAAAGUUGGGACUUUGACAAGAGUGAUUGUUGGUGAGAAAAACAUGUACAAACCCAAUAAAACCAUUUUGCUUGUUGGUGAGACAGGAAGAGGAAAACCUGCUCUGAUCAACUCUCUGGUGAACUACAGCAUUGGAGUGAAGUUUGAGGAUGGAGUGAGGUUCCAGAUUGUGGAGGAGGAGGAGAGAAGUCAGUCAGAGAGUCAGAACUUAGAUGUGGUUGUCUAUGAGAUCUUUGGGUUUAAAAAUCAAACUAUGCCGUUCUCUUUGACCAUCAUCGAUACUCCUGGAUAUGGAGACACCAGAGGGAUCCAACAUGAUGAUGAAGUCAGUCAAAAGUUAUUCAGCUUGUUUCAGUCAAAGGAUAUAGUUCAUGAACUUCAUGCAGUGGGUCUGGUGAUGAAGGCCGAUGAUAAUGUAGUCGGGGAUCGACUGAAGUACAUCUUUAAUUCAGUCGUUUCUCUGUUUGGGGCAGAAAACUCUGUAGCUCUGAUUACACACUCUGAUGGAAUGCCACCACAUGAUGUCCUUGAAGCCCUAGAAAAGGCAAAUAUUGGAUGUUUAAAGGAAAACAAAAAUGAGAUGAUUUACUUUGUGUUCAACAACCAACAGAAGACACAGAGAACUCACAAAAAUGCCUUUGGCUUGGAGAUGGCUUGGAGAGUAGCAAUGACUGGACUAACUGCAUUUACAAGGUUCCUCACGACAACCCAACCCAAAAACCUGACAGCAAUGUUUGAAGUGUUGGCAGAACGGGCCAGACUGGCAGCCUGUGUCCAAAACCUACAGGACAGAAUCCGAUUCACUGAAUUAAAGCAAAGAGAUGUUCAUCUGAUUCCAGAGGAUCUCAACAAACAAGGAGAAGAAAGGAAAACCGAGCAGUUCACUGUUACAGUUACUGAAGCCUUCAAAGACACAGAACCAAUCCGAACAGGACCGUCUGGGCAGGUCUUUGAAGCCGCUGUCUGCUGUCCGAUCUGUGAGGAAAACUGUCACUAUCCUGGAUGUACAAUGGGCUUAGGUCCACAACAGUGUGAAGUCAUGAAAGAUGGAAACUGUACUUCAUGCAGCAACAAGUGUCCUGCAUCAUAUCAUGUUAAAGACAACCUGAAGUAUGUGAUCAGAACCAGAAAAGUCCAACUCACAGAAAGAGCAGUGGCACAGAAGUUUAAACACAAUCAGGGAAUGAGUCCAAGCCAGUGGAGCCUUUCUCAAAAUCUUUUGAAACAAAUGGACCAACUGUCAGCAGAGAAGUUGCACCUGUUGGAUCAAGCCUACCAUCAUGUGGUCAGACUGGAUCAGAUCAGAUCAGUGACAGUUAACUUUGGAUCUACUCAUGUUCUACUGGACUUCCUGAUCAAGAAGAUGAAGGAGAAGGGAGAUGAAGCAAAGCUGAAGAAACUGGAGGAGAUAAACAAUAAGAUGGAUGACAGAACCAGAGCAGCUCUGCUGGGCAAGAUGAGAUGCAUCACAUCGGCUCAUGAGGAGAUCAUCUCAGACAGUUUUCCAGUCCAUCCAGGACCUCCUGCUGUCUACCAGCUGAGAACAAAGAAAGAGAAGUUUGGGACUCUGACCAGAGUCAGUGUUGGUCAAAAAGAUGCGAAGAAGCCAAAUAGAAACAUCUUAUUAGUUGGUGAAACAGGAGCAGGAAAAUCUACUCUGAUCAAUGUUCUGCUCAACUACAGCAUGGGAGUACAGUUUGAGGAUGAAGUCUGGUUUCAGAUCACAGAGGAGGAGGAGAGAAGAUAUCAGAUAGAAAGCCAAACUUCAGAUGUGAUCAUCUAUGACAUCUUUGAAAGUCACACUCUGCCGUUCUCUCUGACCAUCAUUGAUACUCCUGGGUUUGGAAACAGCAGAGGGAUUGAAAAGGAUGUUACUGUCAGAGAAAGGUUGAUGGACCUGUUUCAGUCAAAUGAUGGAGUUCAUGAACUUCAUGCCGUGGGUCUGGUGAUGAAGGCCAAUGAGAACCGACUGAAUGACCGCCUGAUGUACAUCUGUGACUCAGUCAUGUCUCUGUUUGGGAAAAACAUGGAGAAAAACAUUGUAGUUCUGGUCACACACUCAGAUGGAACAACACCUGAAAAUGUUCUUCAGGCCCUUGAAGCUACAAAGACCAAAUGUGCCAGAGAUGAGAAGAACCAGCCUGUUCACUUCCUGCUGGGAGGUAAACAAACCUUAAAGAGAGACACAACAGAGAAAGCAGCAGCUCUGAAAUACUCCUGGGAGUUCUCCUACAAACAGUUGAGCCAUCUAAGCCAGUACCUCACAAGAUCCAAACCCCAGACACUGGUAACAACCAUAGAAGUUCUGAAUGAUCGGAUCAAACUGACGGCCUGCAUUCAGAACCUGCAGGAAAGAAUCCAGCUGAUAGACCUGAAACAGACAGAAAUCAGACGGAUGAGGGAAGCUCUGAAGAACCAUGAAGAAGAGAUGAAGAGGAACAUAAAGUUCACUGUAGAAGUUGAUGAGGUCUACCAACAUCAACAGCAUUUUAAUGGUGGGAUGUGGGGGCUGGUGUUUUACAACGCAGCUGUCUCUUGUUUUCACUGUAAGAGAACCUGUCACUAUCCAUGUACCAUGGCCUGGUCUCCUGACUCCUGUCAGGUCAUGAUAGAUGGUUUCUGUACCGUUUGUCGUUGUCAUGCUUCAGCUCAUGUGAAACAAGAGUGGAGAUAUAAUUCCAGAACAAGGAGAGUGCAGAAGACCCUGGAAGAUGUGAAGAGGAGAUAUGAAACCAACAAGGCAGAAUGUAAGAAGAAGUCGGGUCUUUUGGAAAGUCUUGAAACGGAAAGCAGAAAACUGUCAGCAGAGAGGUCCCAGCUGACUGAUGAGGCCUAUUACCAUGUUGUCAGACUGGAGCAGAUCGCCCUCAGAGAGGAUUCACUGUCCACCUGUAUCCUCCUGGACGUCCUGAUUGACCAGAUAAAGCAGAAGAAAGAUACUUGGAAGGUCCAGAAACUGGAGGAGAUGAGAAGCAGAAUGGAUGAAGAUAAGAGAAGAUUAGGGCUGCUAUACAUGGCUUCUGCAUUCUCAGACAGUAAAAAGAAAAAGGGAAGAUUUUAGUUGAGAUAAAAAGGUAAAGAAACAAAAUCUGGCCCAAUGUCACCACUUCAUUGUUCCUUCAGCCUGACACCAAACCCUGUAAACAUCUGAGUCUUUGUUCCUGGCGGUUAAUUAGGUGCCGAGUCUCUUAACGAACUCAGAUCUUCACCACAUCUUUGAUCAUCUCUGCAAAGAAGCUGCAGCCUUCAGUUCAUCAUCAUUAUUUCUGACCACUUCACUAUAAACUCAGACAUAAUUAACUUAGUCAUAGCUUUAUUUCUAUUUAUUAUACAGAUUGUUUAGAUUUUCAUUCUGAAUGUUGGGUCCAUUUCUACAAUAAUUAAUCAGUUAAAUGUUUGACAAGAAAGAUUUGAGGUUCUUUGAUGUGUUGCUUGAUAUUUUAGAACAUAGAAUAUAGUUUUCUACAAAAUAACAGACUCUGAUUUCCUUCCAA